AGGCCACGGGGCUCCCGCCGCUUUUUCACUUCCGGGUCGAGGCGGGAAGAGCUGCCUCCCCCCCACGCGGGAGAGGAAGUGCAGGGUCUCCCGCGUGGCCGCGUGGGAAGGGGCGCGAGAGAAGCCCCCCAAAAUAUGAAGAAUCCUGAGCAAACAGCAAGGAAAAGGAACAAAGCUGAAAAUCCUAAUUGUGGCCAGGUUGUUAUAAUUGAAAGCCCCAAACGACGCUAUUCAGAUUUCGCCAAAAAAGCCAAGCGGAAAAAAAUAAAAUGGUUGGUAAAAGAAAUCAGUUCAGAACGGCCAAAUCCAAAGAAGAAACAGAGAGACUCCAAAUCAAAGAAGGAAAUCCGUGCAAGCUCUCCCGUGGUUAUUGAAAGCAGCUCGGAUUCAGAACUGUUAAGAGACGCCAAGAAAAGAAAUAAGGUGUUCAAAAAAGAGAAAGACCAAAAGCUUUUCUGUACACAAUUCCAAAACUCUGAGGGUGUGGAUGAAGGGCAGCUUGGUAUUCAUUUUCACCUGGGUAAGAAAUGCAGCAAGAGUAUUCGUGAAGUUGACAGGCAAGAAUCGAUGAUGAAAAGGAAAAAGAAGAAAAAGGAAAAACGAAAAGACAAAUCUACCAGCCCUGAGCUUUUACACAGCAGGGACAGUGACGUGUCCGUGAAACAGAUUUCAGGAAAACUGAAACCCAGUUGGCAAGAAAUGCUCUCCAGUCACAAAAAGCGUAGGACCCUUGGCCAGAAAGUUGUGGGUGAAAAAGUCAAGAAGAAACACCCUGACUACUACAAGGGCGAUCAAGAGAACAGCAACUGCAUUUCAAAAGAAGACGUGGCCCAAAGUAGGGAAGCUGAUGUGCAACAACAGGAAGAUUUGGCCUGUAAAUCAGAAAAAGAUGGCGAAGCCACCAAGAAGAAGGAGAAGAAGCUGAAGAAAAUAAGUAUUGCUUCUCUUGCCUCCUUAGCCAGGCUCCAGGAAAACUGCUGCAAUAUUAUGAGUGAAUAUAGCCUAAAAUGCGGCUCUAAGAAAGGGGUGGGGGUCUGCGAGGCCCCUAAAGAAGUUAAUAAGGCAGCCAAGAAAGAGGCGAAAAGAGAAACUGGAGGUGGAAGCCAUUUUGCAGAAGCUGGCCAAGAUAUCUUAGCGAAGGUGGGAGCACCGGGAGGGACGGAAAAGAGAAAGAAAGCGAAGAAGCACAAAGUGGAACGAGAUUGCGUGCUGAGGGGUGACCGUGACGGAUUUGAGGGCAGCCAAGAACAGAUCAAGAAAAAGAAAAAAAACAAGAAAGUUAAAAACUCUCAUGAUAGUAAGAAGAAAGCAAAGAAGAAAAAGGAAACUGAAGUGCACUUGGAAUGGAGAAGACCGAUGAAACAGGAGGCGGAAGACGAAGUGAAGCUGGUGGCAUUCAGACAAGGAAACUGUGAUGAAGUGAAGAUAGACAAGGUGAGACGGCAAGCGCUUCAAGAAGAGAUCGACCGGGAAUCUGGCAAAACCAAAACUGCCAAGGAAGAACUGGACAAUCGUUUGGGCCAGUGGAGCACAGCAGCAUUUGAAACUCCGGAACAAAAGACGAAAUUUCACAGACUGCUGGGAGGAUUGAAAAAAGCCUCAGCCCCAGCUCAGCGUUCUCCAGCAAAUGCUAACCAAUCAAACAUGGCUCUGGACCGGCCCAGAGAGCAAGUACUGCAACAAAACCUAGAAGCAGAAUUCAAGAAAGCUGUGGAGUUUAAGCACCAUCGAGGAAUCGGCUUGGGCUUCCGGUCCGGUGCUCCAUGCGGUAUACACAUAGACAAAUACGCCUCCAAAUCCAUUAAAUUCGAAGACUGACAUGUCAGGAAGGAAAGGAUAAAUUGCCCAAACAGGCUGGGGGGGGGGGGGAAUUAAUUUUUUUUUUUUUUUAUCUACAAUGAAGAAAAUGACUCUGGACUUUUAACUGAGGUGCUCUUUUCAAACCGAUGAGAAACGGCCUCUACAAAUACUUGUGAUGACUACUUAUGGCUAGGGUGCAUAUAUGCAGAUAUAUAUUUGUAUUGAAUUGCUGCUUGGCAGGUUUAAGGGGCCACAAUGGAUUCAUUCAGGAUGGGCAGCUGAGCUACGGUCGUUUAACAGCGUAACUAAAUAAGUGGCAGGUAAGAAUCGGGCAUAUUUUAGCUCGCAGGCAGGCAACCUGUGGUUGGCCUCCAGUCCCAAUUUUUCCUGCGAGUUCCCGUAUUGUGCCUCUGAAUCUUGUAGACAGAAUGUGACAUUUGUCCAUUCAAUACUUAGGCAAAUGACUUGUGUAAAUUUACGGUCCUGGCCUUGGUGUUGUGCUCUUCUGUCAGUGACUGUGUGUCCAGGGAAGAAAAGCCAUCUUGUUAUUUGAAAGCUACAUCAAUUUUAUUAAAGGAUUUUUUCUACAAUUCA